AUGGAGCAGUCCUCGGCUCAAAACCGAAUGCCGGGUCUGCCCCAUACUAGGCCAUCUCAGGUGCCCUCUCAGUUCUGGAACCCCAUGGACUCGAUGUAUUCCGAUGCACAAAUCCAACCAUCCCAAUCCCAACCCCAGCAACCCCAGGAUCCUUCCUCACAACAGCCAUUGGGUAUUGGCUGGGAUCACCCAAUCUUACAGCAGCAACAGCAACCACAGCAAAUUCAACAGCAGCAAACUCAGAUGACGCCACCGGCUGACCCAAACCUUGAAAUGUAUUCUAUUCCUCAGUCGUGGCAGUCAAACCCAUUGCACCAACCUGGUCGCGCGUAUCCUCCUCCUGCCCCUCAAUACCAAACUUCACAACCUCUGCAUCACUUCCCGCAAAAUCAAAUGCAAUACGACGCUCGCUCACUUCAACCAUCUGAGAGCUCGGCCUUUCCUUCCUUCACUUUUCAACAAAACUUCUAUCAACAACAACAACAACUUCCCGUGCAGAACUCGUUCCAGGCGCGUCCUUCGCAGCAACACUCACAGUCAGCUGAAUUCCAGACACCUACUCCACAACCUGUCAUGUCUCAGUUCGCCGCCCCGUCUGGGUACCCUCCCUCUGAGCUGCACAACACCAUCGACCUCACUGAAGAUUUCUCCUCCGAGCCUGGGCACCACCAGACCAUCGAUCCACAGUUCCUGAACCCGACAACUCAGUCCGCGCAAAGACAGCCCCUUCAAAACAACUUCAUGUACGGAAAUCCUGCCGAGUUUGAUCGGGCUGGAGGGCAGAUGUUCGACUACUAUCAAAAUGACAUAUCUGUUCAACCUCAAUUCCGUGUUGCUUCCGGUCAGGCCGCCCCUCAAAAUGGCGUCUCUGCUUCAAAUCACCCGCUUCCGCUUAUCCCCGAAGCCGUAAUUGCGGCGAAGAAGCCUACCAAGAAACAAUCAGUCAAGAAGACCGCGAAAAAAGAGAUGAAGAGCAAGGGGUCUGGUAGUGAGAGCUCUGAUGACUCUGAACUGGAAAUUGAAGCCCCGCCGGAGCCAUCGCCCAUCCCAGCAGUUCGUCCCACCGAGCCUAUUGCCGCAGCUGUGUACGAUACACUAGUAGCUGUGUGGUCACCCCGGAACAUGAGAGUUCCGGCCGAUAAAGUAAAGAAUGGGCUGAUGGCCUUCAAAGAAAUCAUCAAAAGUCUCCGAGAUUCUUGGAAAGACCAAGUUCAGGCCAUGAAGAACGCCGAGAAUCAAGGUGAUAAUGAUAAAGCUGCCCAGCUUAGGCAAAGUGUGAUUCAACAGCGCCAAAUCAUGGAUAAGAUAAUGACCACCGCAAUGGAAAUGGGUCACCCCGUUAUUGUUGAGAAGUAUGUCCCCCCCAAAUCUACCCCCGCCCCCGCCCCCAUUCCAUUUUUCCUAAGAUUCAGUUCUUUUGCACAUGGUCGUCGUGGCGAUAGAAGUCUGAUACCAAUUGAGCGCAUUGCCCACGUAAACCUGUUUCCUGUGUUGAAUCAAGUUACUAUUGAUCGCUUCCAGGCCGCUGAUUUUGAAGGAUCGUUGACCACUAACAUGAUCAAGCUCUUGGCGCAAUUUGUUACUGUAGAUGAAGAAAUCUUACAGAAAACCAAUCUUUCUAAAUUAUUGCCACGCUUCAUCAAGAAAGGCGGACCGUCUAUCAAGGAGCCGGCACAGAAAAUCCUAGAUAAUGCUGCUGCUGCCACCAAGUGGAAGCAAAAGAUUGCCGAGGAUGACUCUUCUGCAAAAGGAUCUUCUGCAGAUUCUCCGUCAUCCGAAAUUGCUGGCUCGAAACGUCCGCGAGACGCAGAAAUUAAUGCCCAGCCUGCAACAAAGCGAAUGGUUGUUACUUCAAACCCCAAAGAUCCGAGUAAACCAGCCGUCCCAGCCAAUGGCGUGGGUAAGCGAGCCAUUGAAGGCAUCCAGAAUGGCAAGCCGGCGGCCGCAGCAGUGGCUCGUCCUAAGGCUAGUGUCGUUGCACCCAAGCCUUCAAGCCUAUUUGGUGCACUAAGCUCCGCUUCCAAGCGACCAGGAACAACAAAUGCUGAAAGGGCCGCAGCAAUAGCUGCAGGGAAGCCUAUACCUGCUGCCACCGAGAAGAAAGAAAAGCCUCCAGCACCUCCUCCCAAACCAGCCUUUUCUUUUGGUGAUAUCAUGGCCGACCUUAGCAAACCCAAGGAGACCGUUGUUAUCAAGCCUACAGAGGAGAGGCCUCCAGAGACGGAGGAAGAGCGCACAAAGCGACUGCGCAAGGAAGAGCGACGCAGGCUGCGUGUUAGCUGGAAACCAGAUGACUCAUUGACUGAGGUUCGCUUGUUCACUCAUGAUCCUGACGAAGAGUUGGGCCCCGGCGAUGGCUCCUUGCGUAGCGCAGGAGAUGUCAAAGGCGAAGGCAGUGUUCUCAAACUCCACAAAGACUUGGAGGAGUUGGAGGAAGAUGACCUUGGUGGUAUGCGAGAAACAAGUUACGGCGAUUACCCUGCUCUGUCUAAUAUCGUCAUUGAAUCCGAUGAGAUGAAGAACGGCAACUUCAUCAAACGUGGCGGAAACCAGAUCCCCGACAGCCCAGAAAAGAUCGCUCAGGAUCUCCGGGAGUCCACCACCCUGAUGGUGUUCCAUGCUUCUCCAGCCGAUAUCCCAUCAACACCGAAAGAGGCCCCUGCUCCUGAUGCGGAUGAGGUUGUCUCAGAUGCUGUUCCCUUCGGAGAAUUGCCCGAUCACAUCAAGGUCCGACAAGAACGCUAUUUCAGCUAUAUGAACCCCAAGCCUGCGCCACCUCCUCAGGCCCUACCCCAGCCACAAGCCAAUCAAGCAACGGGCGCGUUCGACAUUUCCAACAUCCUCAAACUGAUCCAAACCGGAACCCAACAGCAAUCUACGCCUCCGCCUCAAUCUAUGCAGCAGCCGGCUGCACCCAUGUCCGAUCUGGAGCGUACAAUCAAUAUGUUCCGCCAGCAACAGCCUCAAGCUCCUCAAAUCCCCCAAGUUCCGGUACCGCAGCCACCGGCUACAGGUGUCGACUUCCAAAAUAUUUUGAAUGUCAUGAAACAGUUGCAGCCAGGCACAUUCACACAACCUCAACCCCAGCAGACACAGCCUGCCAUGAUGGCACCUGACUUUGGCGCUAUGUUCGCUCAUUUCGGUGGUCAAAACCAGCAGUCUGCCCCCCCGCAGUACAUGCAACCAGCAAACAGCUACGAGGACCCUGAACGUAAGCGCAUGCGCGAGGACGUACCGCCUGAUGGGCAGUACGAUCCUGCCUGGAGUCGUCAGAAGCGGACCAAAGCAAGCGACCCCAAGCCGUACAAGUUUGGAUUGGUUGCCUGCAGGUUCUGGGCUGAAGGAAAGUGCAGGAAAGGCGAUAACUGCACCUUUCGCCAUGACACUUAA